AUGAGAUGCUGUUGGCCAUCUUCGGAGAACCUGACGACUUUGAGCAGCUGCAGCUGCGCGAGGUGCAGCUGGCGCACCAGCGCGCCACCGAGGCGCUGGCGCGGCUCCGCGAAUCUGCUGGGAGCGGCCCCGGAAGCGGCCCAUCGCCCAGCGAACUGCAGGUGCAGGCCAUGGAGGAAGAGCUGGAGCUGCUCAAGGAGUGUGCAGCUUCUUCUGAGCAUGGAUGCGGAAGAGGCGGUUGAGAGCUUGCAGAGCAUGGAUGUGAAGAUGCUGGGGGCGCUGCGCCGGGGCCGGCGGGGCGGCUUCGACGAGGGCAAGGCCACGGCGAAGCUGGCGCUGUCCAUCGCGGAUCUGCAGGCGAGGCAGGACAAGAACGUGGUGCGGUGCAAGAAGCUCCGCAAGGGCGUGGAGCAUUCCCGGGCCCUGCGGGAGCUGCCGCCCGCGCAUCCAAGGAACGAGAAGGCGGCGCAGGUGCACAUGAAGGACGAAGUCGUGAGCUCAUUCACCGCCGUGGUGGCGAAGUGCGAGACCCGGGCUCAGCGGUUCCACGAGAACUUCGUGCGGCGCCAGGGCAAUCUCAGCGACCGCCUGCAGCGGCGUGUGAAGCGCAUCCAAUACGACCACGAGGAGAUACAGAACAUGAAGCAGCAGUCCAUCCUGCCGAGCGUCACCUCCAACGCCUCCCACUUGUCGGUGCUUCAGUACCUGAAGCCCCACCGAUCCAACGUGGAGCGCAAGCGACAAGAGGCCCACUCCAUCUACAUGCGCCAGGUGGAGAAGAUCCAACAGCACCAGAGGCUGCUGGCAGACCCCAACCGUGAACCCGAACGCGGGGAGAUCUACCUGAGCCAAUGCUUCCGUCAUGCCGCCUAUCUGAAUUCAUAUCCGUGA